CUGAACGUUUGAACCUCCAUCCACCUUCGUUCCUAUAAACACGAACGAGUCGCAAAUUUAAAAUCAUGCAACUACAUUGCGGUAUUUGUCUUGACAAGCACCCGAUUUCACUCUUUCGAUUCUCUGCCAAAUGCGGUCACGGACAUUGUGAGACCUCCCUCCGAACAUACAUCCAAACGCAAGGUCCCUCCAACCCUAGCGGACGAAAACGAUCGUACCCUUGCCCAACAUGUCGUAUCCCAUUCAAGGAGGUGGACCUCCACCCCAUCUUUAUAGACAUCAGUGACAAUGCUAUAGAUAACUGUGAUGAAGCUUCAGGAUCCCAGGCAGGACCUAGGUAUUCUGAAGCAGUCGUCAAGCAAGCUCAAUAUGUCACAGAGAAGAUACAGGGAAUGGAUUGUACGACUCCUGUUGGGAGUGUACAGAGGAGCGUGAAGGAGGUUCAGAAAGUGGCUGAUGGGAUUGGGGGAGAGGGUGGAGAUGUGAUUCAGGCUUUGAUAGAUGCAAUCACAGACCUUCGAGAUCGGAUAACGCCCCAAUUCGCACUUGCAGCCAAACAGAAGAAAGAGCUUAUUGCUCUUCAAACCAGUAUUCGUCUUCGCGAUACCCGAAUCUCGUCGCUCGAGAGCGAGGCCUCUCAAGGGGAACGAUUAUUACAGAAGGCGAUUGAUACGGCGGAUAAUGCCAAAGAUAAAUAUAAUACAGAGGUGAGGAGGAAUGAGAGUCUACAGAGAGACUUGACGAGACAGAGGGAGAGUGUGAUAGAAAGGGAGGAAGAGAUCAGGAAGUUGAAAGGGACGAUUUUGGCGCAUAAGGAGAAGGAGUUCAAACAAACUGCCAGAAUCGCAGAACUCCGGACUCGCAUCAAAGAACACGAGAACGAAAUCGAGGCAUUACACGCUACGAAUCGUAGGCUAGAAGACGAUGCCCGACAAGCACGACUAGAAACCGAAACCCAACGCUCCUACUUCAAAUCCGAGACUCAAUUCAGUCAAGUUGACUCGGACGACGAAUUGGAUAUCAUAGGUCUCCCCUCCUCCGAACCAGACUUCCCAUUCAAGAACAUCCUCACUCCUCCCGCAUCCCAGUCCAAAUCAGGCUCAAAGCCAAAACCUCCAAAAUCUUCCACAGUCAACUAUCACACUCCCUCUCAAGCUUCCUCUCACUCCCACUCCGCCAAACCCCUACCCAAAGCACCACGAAACUUUGAAGUAUUCCGCGUCCCUCAACGUCCCAAGUUCCCAUCAGACUGGGCUGCUCCGAAUGCUCAAUUAUCAAUAUCUGGUACUAGUGGGCCAGGCAUUGUCAAUGUGAGCGGGUCGAAACGAAAGCGGGCGGUUAGUGAUAAUGGAGGUCGAGAAGACCCUGUGAAGACAAACUUCAAUGAGACGCUUGGGCUGGAUCGGACAGGGAAAGUUAUCGCAGGAGCCAUAGCAUUAGGAGAUAGACGAAAGAGUGCAUUCAAAUGAUACCCAUAGCCUCGGUUAUUUUUUUUGAGCCUCAGUGUUCACUGUUCUGUAUACCAUUCAUUAUACCAUCAUCCAGAGACACUGACGAUGGAAGAAAGCAGGGCAAUAAGUAGAUAUGUAUACAAGGUAUCCCAUUAGAUUGACUGUACAACAUUCAUACACUACCCUCCAUUACGCCAUUACAUCCUAGAGCUUAGCCGGAACAUUGACCUUCACCCUGCUUGC